AUGGAAAACACCGAAUCAAUCAAACGAGCUCGAUCCCCCUCCCCAAAAGCAGAGUCGAAAGAUGGCGUAGUAAACCCCAAGGCCGAACAGCCUGAAGAAGGUCAACCUCCGGCUAAGAAACCUCAUGUCGAACCCACUGCCUCAGCACCUUCUGAUACCCCCAUAUCAGGUGUGAAUGUCAGUGUGGAUGUGGAUCCUGAAGAGGCAAUGUUCAAUGCCAUGUCUUCUGAGAAUGGUGAAGACAGGAAGAAAAAGACUUGGGGAAGAGGACAGGGGUAUGGUAAUGGAGGUAAAGGCAAGGGGAAAGAGAGCGAGAAGAAGGGACCGGAUGCGGUGAAGUAUGACAGGAGACCUAAUGAUUGGACACCCAGAGAGAAGAAGGACGGAGAGACCGAAGCUAGGUUACCGAAGAGAAGGUGUGCUUUGCUGGUAGGAUACUGUGGUACUGGAUAUCACGGUAUGCAAAUACAAACGCACGGCUCAGAAACUAUCGAAGGAGACGUAUUCGCAGCACUCGUCAAAGCAGGUGCUAUCUCAGCGGACAACGCGAACGAUCAUAGGAAAUCAGAUGUUCAGAGAGCAGCUAGGACUGAUGCAGGUGUGCACGCAGCUGGAAAUUGUAUCUCACUGAAAAUGAUCGUCGAGCCACCUCUUCCGGAAGGAUACAAGACACUGGCAGAAUACGUCAAUUCCAUCUUACCUGAUCAGAUUAGAAUGUGGGGAUUCGUCAGGACAGUCAAAUCCUUCAAUGCUAGAACAGCCGCCGACUCACGUAUCUACGAAUAUCUCUUGCCUUCAUACUGCCUCUUACCGCCUGGACGAGAUGAUCCAUUGGGUAAAAGGCUGGAUAAGUCAUCACCUGGAUGGAGAGAUCUGCUGGGCAAAGAAGCAGUAGAUUUCGUUGAUGCUGCACCAUCGCUCGAGCCCGAGGGCGAAGAGGAAGGGGGAAAGGUGAAUCCCAAGAACAGGGGAGAAUUCGAAAGGAGACGGGGAUUCAGGGUUGAUAGCAAGACUUUAGAGAGGUUCAGAGAAUUGAUCGCUCAAUAUAAAGGUACUCAUAACUUUCAUAAUUUCACAGUCGGUAAACCAUUCAACGAUAGAACUGUAAAGAGAUUCAUGAUCAAAUUAGAAGUGAAAGAUCCUCAGGUGUACGGUGAGAUCGAAUGGAUCUCCGUCAUGAUUCACGGUCAAAGUUUCAUGUUGCAUCAAAUCCGAAAGAUGAUAUCAAUGGCAAUGUUAGCAUGUAGAACAGCUUCGCCACCAUCCUUGAUUCCUGAGACUUUCGGUCCCAAACGUAUUCAUGUACCUAAAGCACCUCCUCUCGGAUUGCUACUCGAAGCACCUCAAUUCGGAGUAUACAACACUCGAAUCACCACCAAGGCGAACGGUCUACAGGAAGAUAGAGAUCCGGUGGAUUUCGGAUUAUAUGCUGAGCAGAUGCAUGAUUUCAAGGUGAAAUGGAUUUAUGAGAAACUGAGACAAGAGGAAUUGGAAGCUCAUGUCUUCCAUAAAUGGAUGCGUCAGAUGGAUUGCUCCAUGUCCAAUGGUCUCGCAUUCUUGAAUACCCAAGGAACCAUCCCACCUGAAGCGGACUUGUCAAAAGGAGCAAAAGAAGCUCGUCGAGCUGCUGCUGCCGCUCAAGCUAAAGAGGGUGGAGCGGGCGGUGAAGGUGAAGGGGAGGGUGAAAAGGAUAUAGCAGACGAGGAGAUGGAAAGUGAGGAUGAGGAGGUUGAUAUGGAGGAGGUUAAAAGAGGUGAAUGGGAAGGAUAG